AUGCUUCAGUUUGUGUCAUCAACCCUUUUCUCAGGUCCUCCUGUUAAUGUCACUUGCAACAUCUUCAUAAACAGCUUUGGGUCCAUCACGGAAACCACAAUGGACUAUCGCUUAAAUGUGUUUCUGCGGCAACAGUGGAACGACCCACGGCUGGCCUACAAGGAAUAUCCGGACGACUCCCUAGACCUGGACCCUUCCAUGUUGGACUCCAUCUGGAAGCCCGAUCUCUUCUUUGCCAACGAGAAGGGGGCCAACUUCCACGAGGUCACCACUGACAACAAACUCCUGCGCAUAUUUCACAACGGCAAUGUUCUCUACAGCAUUAGGCUAACUCUAAUCCUGUCCUGUCCGAUGGAUCUAAAGAACUUCCCCAUGGACAUCCAGACGUGCACCAUGCAACUUGAGAGCUUUGGCUACACUAUGCAUGAUCUGAUAUUCCAGUGGCUGGAUGAGGGCCCAGUGCAAGUGGCAGAUGACCUGAUGCUGCCCCAGUUUGUGCUGAAAGAGGAGAAUGACUUGGGAUACUGCACCAAGCACUAUAACACUGGUAAAUUCACUUGCAUUGAGGUAAAGUUUCACCUGGAGCGUCAGAUGGGGUACUACCUAAUCCAGAUGUACAUCCCCAGCCUGCUCACCGUCAUCCUCUCCUGGGUCUCCUUCUGGAUCAACAUGGACGCCGCUCCCGCCAGAGUGGGUCUGGGCAUCACCACAGUGCUCACCAUGACAACGCAAAGUUCUGGCUCCAGGGCAUCACUACCCAAGGUUUCCUAUGUGAAGGCCAUAGACAUCUGGAUGGCAGUCUGCCUACUCUUCGUGUUCGCUGCUCUGCUGGAGUACGCUGCCGUCAACUUCGUCUCCCGGCAACACAAGGAGUUCUUCCGACUCAGGAAGCUCAAGAAGCUUAGAGAGGAGCAGCGUCUCAGAGAGGCCUCUCACAGCACCACGGCCCAGCUCUUCACCACUUUGUGGAGUAAUGUGAGCAAGACCAAGAAGAUGGUAGUGACCUUCUCCAACAAGCAGAGGCAACUGGCUGCGGCAGUCAUCACCACCAUUCAUAGGAAGCCCUUAGAGAUUGCAGCUAUCUCCAAAGCAAAGAGCAACAACGGCGUGCAAGGAAACAACCCCUCCAACAAGGGGUGCAAGAAGCGCUGCAGUGCCUGCGCACAGGAGGAGCAGCUGGGUCAGGAGAACCAGCCCUUCUACCUCAACGCCUUUGGCGAGGAGCCGUGCACGAUUGGUGGUGAUGGGCCCCUGUCAGAGACGGCGGCCAUGUAUGUAGACCUGCCCCCUGGACACGCACUCUUCGAAAUCCGCAGGCGUUUCAUCGAGCGGGCCAAACGCAUCGACACAAUCUCCAGAGCCGUCUUUCCACUCAGCUUCUUGCUCUUCAACGUGCUCUACUGGUUCACGUAUAAAGUGCUCCGUCAUGAGGAUUUUCAUGCCUCUGGAUGA